AUGUCUUCGACUUUGAGCCCGAAAAAGGUCCGCAAGAUUAACGAUUACUUCCCAGCUCCUGCUUCCAAGAAGUUGAAAGACGAAAAUUCGGAUGACGGAGACGCUGGCAGCCAGGGUCAAGCCGAUUCGGACCAUGGGCCAACCGAAUUCGACGGGGACUUGGUACCAAUAUCUUACCUGCAGCAGCAUUUGCAGCCGAUGUUCGAAUUCAUCAAGACGACGAAGAAGGGAACACACACAGCCAAACACUUCAAGAAGGUUGCUGCCAAAUAUUUCAAGACACAAAAGGGAAUCGACGAUCCGGAAAAAUGGGCGAAAUGCAUGGAUCACUACUUGCGCGUUGCUCUUCGACACUCUAACAUUUCGAUCGGUCACUGUUGCGACGUCCUUCAUUACUACAUGCAAAAGGGUGAAACUGUCCGCCAGUAUCCCGAUUGGCCAAAGCCACCGCUGAGUCUCGUGAACACAUACGCUAAGAACAAAGGGAUCAAGGUUGCGUUUGGUGCGUCACAGAGUAUUACUGCUGCAAUGAAUAGCGAUUCGGCCGGUCGAGAUGCUGCAGCCUCAGAAGUACUUGCCGCCAAAUCGAAGUACGUCGAAGAAGUGAAGGAGUUCCGCCGUCUUCACCACGACCUCAGCAAGGACCAACUCGAAUUCAUCCAGAAGACGUUGUCAAAAUACGAAAAGGCCGACAAAAAGGAGGGACCAAAGGGCACCCCUGUGAAGAAAAAGUCAUCCCCGAAACCUAAGCCACUGUUUGAGACGCCAUUCGCCGCCUUUUGCCAUGGUUAUCGCGAACAGUAUCUCGAGUUGGAAGCUGAGAAGCGCAUCAAGAAGCUUUCGAAGAAAUUCAAGAAGCUGAGCGAUGUUGAGCUGGAAGUUUAUCAGCGACUGGCCGAA